AACUUCCAAUCCAUCUUCCAAAAGCUUGAGCUAUCAUUUGCACACCAACUGUGUGCGUCUUUGGGAAACUGAUCAACAUGGAGCAUUACCAGAGCGAGUACGGUAGAGACAAGACCACCGACGAGAUCCGCCGGAGUGAGGACCCGGUUAACCAUGGUUUAACUGAAGCAACCGGCAUUCAUGACACUAAAACAGGCUACGGAACUCAUGGCAUGGCCACUGGGCCCACUGGCUUCGCUGCAACAACGGCCGGUGGUCACGGGUUCCCGAAUCACCGGUCUGACAUCUCAAGCUCUUCUGAGGAUGAUGGGUACGGAGGGAGAAGGGAGAGGAAGGGUUUGAAGGAGAAGAUGCCAGGUGGCACACACCGGUCCGACGACCCCUACGAUACGACUCCGAUUACCACACCUUAUGGUGGACAGCACCAGGAUAAGGGAGUGAUGGACAAACUCAAAGAGAAGCUCCCAGGAGGUCAUAAGGACGAUCCCCACAGUACAACUCAUACCACUACUACACCGGGUUACGGCGUGGCCGGAGAGCACCAUGAGAAUAAGGGAGUGGUGGACAAGAUCAAAGAGAAGCUACCAGGUGGUCACAAGGAUGAUCCCUACAGUACUACUGACACCACUACUACACCGGGUUACGGCGUGGCCGGAGAGCACCAUGAGAAUAAGGGCUUGAAGGAGAAGAUUGAGAAGCUGCCAGGUGGCAACAGUGACCAUAGCGGCACUACUAAUACGCCACCUUUUGACACCAGAGCCCAUGAGAAGAAGGGAUUGAUGGACAAGAUUAAAGAGAAGCUUCCCGGCCACCACUAAAUUGAUCAUUGAUAGAUUAUCUAUAUAUAUCAUAUAUGUAAAAGCUUGUUGAUAGCUGAAUAUGCUGAUAAGCACCUAGAGUACUUCUACUGGUAUAAUAAGCCGCAUGGUAUAUCGAUUUGUUCUUUCUCCUUCUUUCUCUUUGUGCUGGUUGCAUUGUGUAAAUUAAUGUCAUUCGUUUUGUUCUUCAGGGUUUGGCUCUUAUGUCGCCCUAUUA